AGAAUUUUUGGAGCAGCCCCCUCAACAGCAAGGCAUGAGAUUUCCAAUCAAUCAAUCACUUUUAACAUUAUUUUAUUUAUUGUUAGUUUGAUCUUAUUUCCUUAUUCUGUUUCGGCAACUCCGAGCGAAUGGUGUUGAAACUAUUUUCAAACAGAUGGAUAAUCAUUAUUUAGUUUAAAAUCAAAAUUUGGUAAUAUUUUAUAGGAGGAAGUGUGAAAAUAGACAGUAAAAAUGAAGGAUUUAUAUUUAAUAAGACUAAUAUAUAAAUAUUAGGAUAAAGAUUAAUCAAAUUAAAGGAUGAAUUGUACUGAAAUCAUUAAGUCAAUCCAACACUUUUAUGGAAACAUUAUUCCUAAGGCUCGAUGCUCUCCCUGUUGGAACGAAAAAAACAUUGCUGAUGCCUUUAAUUGGGCCAGUUUUUGUGAACAGGUAUAUGAUAAAUUUUCUGAUAAUACUGAGAUUAUGAAGGAUUUAGAUGAACAAAUACACCAGAUUACUACUAAUUGUACAGGAUUGACUUAUUGCUUUAAAAAUUUAAAACAGAGCAGUUCAUUUCUUUGUCAGUCGUUUUUACAGAAUCCAAAUAUUCAAAAGAAUUUUUUGCAAGAUACAAUUUUGAAAAUCAAGCCAUCUGAAUUAGAUUUUGAAAAAGUUUCUUCGGAUGUUUAUGAACUGGAUACUUUAUGUUUGGAACUUCUACAAUCACUGAAAUGUAUCACUCUUCUUGAUUCAGACUGUUCUUUUUACUACGAAAUUAAAGCAGAGCUUCUUUUAGACUUUUUAAAAGAUACCAUGAUUCAACUCUCCACAGAAAAACAAUAUGAAAGUCAGUUGUCUUUUGUAUUUGAUACACUCUGUGGAAAUCUGGAAACUUUAGAAAUUGUUCUUCAUAUCUUAAUAUCAGAUAAAGAUUCGGAAAUUGCAUCAGAAAUUCAAGAUUUUGCUAUGAAUUGGAUUCUUCUCAAACUUCUAGAUGAAAAGAAUGGUUCUUUAGCUCAUUUCUUGUGGAAACAGCCGUUUUUGAAGUUACGAAACAUUGCUGCAAAAUUCUCUGCAUUUAGCAGCUAUUACAUUGAUCACUUAAUCCAGUGUGCCUCAUCUUUAUCCCUAGAAUAUGAAAAUUUUACAAAAUGCUGGAAGAAAAGGGUCUCAAUGACUGAAGUAACACUUGAAUAUCAAGAGAUAUUGGAACAUUUUAAAAUCCUACUCUGUAUUGAAGAUGAUCUCUGCAAAACUGUUAAAACUCAUUUGUCAUCUCUUUUGACUAGUGAAGCUAAAUCAUCAAUUUGGCAUGAUAUCUGCUCACAUGUUCUCUCCUGACAUCUAUCUUACAAAUCCUGCUACAAAAAAACUGAAAAUGAGCUUAUUUUUUUACAUAUAUAUCCAAAAUAUAUUUUAUAAUUCUAUUUUUUUAAUAAGGAAUCAUAAUUAUGAACAUUUAUUUAUUGUGAUCAUUAGAAAACUUAAUGUUUAGUUUUUGUUAUUAUUUUAAAUUAUGGCUCUAAUGAAUUGGCCUCUGAUCUUAAACCUCAGAUAAUCAGAUGCUUUGAAUGAGAUGCAGAAAAAUAUGAAAUGAUCAACAGGUUAUAGAAAAUUAAUCAGAUUGUAAUAAAUACAAUUAUAUUGAA